CACGUGAUCCCUUCUCCUCCGGGUUUUCCGGUGCAGAGCGAGUGUGCGUCUCCUAAAUCGUCCGCUGUUCUGAUUCAGAAGGCCAAAUAGCGAGAAGUCGCACGCAGGUUAAGGCGUGAUGUCUGCGGCACUCCGUGUCCUCUGCUCUGUGUCCCGGCCAGCCGGCCACAGCCUUGUGCGUCCUCUAAGUUUAUCUGCCCACAGGGAAGGAUUCAAAUAUGUGAAUGCUCAGGAAAUACCAACAGAUAUGAAGUCCAUCACAGACCGAGCCGCUCAGACCCUGCUUUGGACAGAGUUGUUCCGAGGUCUGGGGAUGACUAUGAGCUAUCUAUUCCGUGAGCCUGCCACUAUUAACUACCCAUUUGAGAAGGGCCCACUGUCCCCACGAUUUCGUGGAGAGCAUGCCCUGCGUAGAUACCCUUCUGGAGAGGAGCGCUGCAUCGCUUGCAAGCUGUGCGAGGCCAUCUGCCCGGCCCAGGCAAUCACCAUUGAAGCAGAGCCUCGUGCUGAUGGCAGUAGGCGAACAACACGUUAUGACAUUGAUAUGACAAAAUGUAUCUACUGUGGAUUCUGCCAGGAAGCCUGCCCUGUGGACGCCAUUGUAGAGGGUCCCAAUUUUGAGUUCUGCACAGAGACCCACGAGGAGUUGCUCUAUAACAAAGAGAAGCUACUCAACAACGGAGACAAAUGGGAGGCUGAGAUCGCUGCCAAUAUUCAGGCUGACUACCUCUAUAGAUAGACAGACUGUCUUUCUUUUGUAUAAAAUCUGACUGACUGGAUAUGGACUGACUCUCCUUCAGCAAUAGCCAUCUCUGUCCAGAAGUUACUGUGGAUCAGUGUUGAGUGACCCAAAAGAAUUGUAACACAGAUGAAAUUAUUAUGGCUUUGAAAAUUCGAAUAAUUAGGAGGAUAUAAACGCUACAGCACUUUUGGGACACUCAAAGUACAAGUUCCUUCAGUUCAUUUUUUCACAUUGUGAAAUCUGCUAAUUUUAACUUUCACCUUGUGUGCUGCACUUCAGUACAAAACCAGUGGACACUGACUGACUGACUGACCAACCUACUGACUGACAUACUUGCUCAUGCUGUCCAGUGGUGCUCACUGACCCCAGAUGCAUUAUACACACCCUGCCAAAAGAUUACAACGGUCUCAGUUUUCAAGCUCAAAUCUUGCUGCCUUUUUACUCUAGCUGGUCAGUCUAUGAUUUAAAGGAACAAGUGGUCUAAAUAUGACAACAUAGCAUGUAUAAUCAAAAAAAUACAACUAGUUCUAUAAUAAAAUAAAUACAACGGUUGUGCAAAAAUUAACAUAAUUGAAAUUAGAUGGAUAAAAGCACCUACACACUAGUCAGGAAGUCCCAACAAACUGAAUAUGAUCUUUAUGUCAAAAGGUGAGCUUUUUAAUCUCAAAACAGUGAACUCUCCUCCUGUUUGCUUUUUUUCCUCCUUUAGCCAGUUUAUCUGGGGGAUAAUACCAGUGUACGAUGUGUUGCAGUGUAAAGCUAUUCAAUCCACCAUUUACCAAGACAGACGGGUUUAUAUGUCCAUGUAAGAACUGUACAAAUACUUGUGGACCCUAAAUAAUAAAUUAAUGAAUGAUAUGUCCAAA